CAAGUAUUUAAAUUUUCCUGUUUCCUAUAAUUUAUUAAGGUGCCUACUACUGCAUGGCAAUAUUUAGAAUAUUUAAAUAUAGGUAUUGAAGUUAAGUAUAUUCAUAUUUUAUUUAUUUAUUUCAGAUUGGCUUGCACCUGAUGUUACAGAUGAAUUCUCAGCAGUAUGCAAAUACUGCCGUCAAGUCCUCAAAGCUCACCAUAAAGGUUUGGUUGAUCAUUCUGAAAGUGGUAAGCAUAAAAAAGCAAUGGAAUUGGAAAAAUCUGCCAAGUCAUGUCAAACAAUAACUCAAAUCUAUAAACCAGCAGUGUCAGAAAAAACCAAAAUAUCUGAGUUGAAAAUUGCUGCAUAUAUUGCUGAGCAUUGAGCUGUUGACCAUCUUAUAGAAAUACUUCCUCAAUUGGAUCCUAUAUCUGAAACCCUGAAAAAUCUGAAGCUACAUCGCACAAAAUGUUCCAUGUUAAUAAAAAAUGUACUUGGUCCAUCAAUGCUGGAUGAUCUCAUUGAAGAAAUAGGUAACUGCCCGUAUUCAAUAAUUAUAGACGAAAGUACUGACCCGUCUACUCAAAAGGUGUUGUGCAUUAUUGUGCGUUUUUUCUCAUUCAAGACAAGGCAAACUGUCACCACUUUUUAUAGGCUGCUAAAAUUAAUUGAAUGUGAUGCAAAGACUGUGUGCGAUUUAAUAACAGACGCCCUAAAAAAGGAUGGCUUAAAAGUUGAGAAUAUGAUUGGGAUUGGUGUUGAUGGAGCAAAUGUCAUGGUUGGUAGACAUAAUUCGGUGACAGCAAUAUUAAAAAGAGAACUGCCUGAUUUAGUAAUUGUAAAAUGUGUUAGCCACUCAUUGCAUCUGUGUGCUGAAAAAGCAACUGAACUAUUGCCGCGCCAAUUAGAAUUUCUUGUGCGGGAAGCUCACAACUGGUUUUCAUACAGCCCAAAACGUUUGGAGUAUUAUAGAGCCUUAUACGAAAUAAUGAAUGGCAAUAAGGAUCCCAAAAAAAUACAAGCUCUCAGUGGAACUCGCUGGCUCGCCCGCUAUCAAGCUAUUCAGACAAUACUAGAGCAGUGGGAAGAACUUAAGUUGCUUUUUUCCAUUGCCAAGUCAGAGGACAAAUGUUAUAUGGCAGAACAGCUUUACGAUAUCAUGAGACCGUUCAAAGCUUUUUUGAUUUUCUUGAAAAAUGAAUUAAAAACAGUGACUCAAUUAAAUCUGCUUUUUCAAAGUGACAAUGUGGAGCCGACUAAACUGUUUGAAGAUCUGUUUUUGAUGUAUAAAAACUUACUAAAACGAAUUGUAGUACCUUCACAGUUGGAAAAGUUAGUGGACUCUGAACUGAUGGAUUUCAGUUUUCAGGAGCAUCUAAUGCACACUUCAUCAGUGUAUCUUGGAUAUGAUUUUCAAAUUAUAUCACAAGAACUUGAAGCAAACGACUUGUUAGAUGUAAGAGAAAGAUGCAAGAACUUUUUAUGUUGCCUUGCAGAACAAAUACAAAAACGGUUGCCGGAUAAUUUGUCAAUGCUGAAAGUAAUUGCUAAUUUACACCCAAAAGUGGCUACGUCUCAAGUAAAACCUGACAUAAAACCAGUUUUAAAUCACAUUCAGCGAACUGAUAUUUACGGAAACAAAAAUGAUAUCGAAUCUUGAGUGGCACCAAUUGAGUAAUAAAAUGUGGUCAAACACUUCAUCAUCGGCAGAUUUUUACUCAGAAGUAUACGACGAUUGCGAUGCUGCUGGCUGCAAACGUUUCGAGAAUAUUGCAAAAUACGGGUUGGCGUUUGCAACAGUUCCGAUAUCAAAUGCAAGUGUUAGAACGCGCAUUUUCUAUAUAUAAUAUAGUAAAAAAUAAACUGCGGAGCAGGUUAUCAAUUGACAUGCUGCAAAGUGUGAUGAUGGUCCGCUUCACAUUACAGAGACUAGGAUCGUGCGUAAAAUUCACGCCUACAAAUAAAAUGUUAAGAUUAUUUAACGUUCAUAUGUAUGAUUAUAAAAAUGUCGAACCAGUAGAAAACGACUU